UCAAAGCAGUAUCAGAUGUAUAUCAUCAAGAUCGGGUCCUGCAAUUUUUGCAAGGUUUGGAUAGCUCUUAUUCGAACUUGCGGAGUCAAUUACUGCUUCUCGAGCCAUUGCCGUCCGUUCAGAAGAUUUAUUCUCUUAUUCAGCAAGAAGAAAAGCAACGUGAAUUACAUCAUGCUCCAGCCAUGGUUCCUGAAGCAGCAGCUCUUAUCGUUGCUAAUAGGAGUAACAGUGCACCAAAAGGUCCGAAUGAUUUGCAAUAUCGGUCUCGCAGACCUCAUUGCAACUAUUGUGAUCAGGAUGGGCACAUAGAAGCAAAGUGUUAUAAGAAGCACGGUUACCCUCUUAAUGCAAAGAAGAAAGGUUCGCAGACUCGUGCAAUUGGUUCGUUUGUGCCUGCUAAUGAAUCUUCUGGCGGGUCUUCGAGUCAAACUCAUAGGAAUAACACUUUUGCUGCCACAAUUGAGCAUGUUGCUGCCACACCCCUAGAUACUAAUUACAUGCAACCUUCUGCUCCAAUCACUCAAGGCCAAUAUCAACAAAUUCUUGCCAUACUUUCUUCAGGUACUUCUACCUCCACGGCGAAUCUUGCAGGACCAGUCAACGAAGAAGAAGAUUGGAAUGGGCAGGAUGCAUGAUGGACUUUACCUCCUUCAACCUCCUCAAGCCUUUAUGGUCUCUUCCACCUCGUCUUUUGAUCUUUGGCAUUGGCGCUUGGGACAUCCUUCUCAUGAAAGAAUAAAAUCUUUAGCAACAGAUUUUGAUUUCAUUUCUUGUUCUAAUAAAUGCCUUUGUCAUAUUUGUCCCCUUGCAAAACAAGUUAAGCUUCCCUUUCCUGUUAGUUCAAUUCGUACCAGGGCACCUUUUGAAUUGAUACAUUGUGAUCUUUGGGGUCAUUUUUCUGUUCCA